UUAGGGAGCCUCAGGGAAAAUGUUUGACAGCAGUAUAUUUGGCUAUUCCUAUUUCACUUCUCAAAAGGCAGGUUUGAGGCUGGCACGCCGACCUUGGAGUCCACAGUGGAGCUGCUAGGGUUUGGUUUCUCACAUUCGGAGAGAUUGCACAGCAGGAGAAAUAAAAAAUAAAUAAAUAAAUCAGAGAUCCCCGUGACUCUGGCGCCCUCGCGGCUGUUCGAGUGACGUCAUCGAUCUUACCGGUGUCGUCGGGCCGCCUGCAAGGCCGCGGCGGAAGAAGUCAGACCACCUGGCGGAGCGGGCGGACCGGGAGCAGCGCCCGGCUGGGACUCCACCGGCGUGUCUGCGGCGGGCGGACCGGGAGCAGCGCCCGGCUGGGACUCCACCGGCGUGUCUGCGGCGGGCGGCGGCUUCCCGGGCAUCAGUGUUAAGAAGUUCGGUCGGGAGCUGCGGCGGAUUGAACGACUCUCUCUCUCUGUGAAUGGAUUCCCUCGGCGGACGGCGGCGCAGCAGGCUGGAGGUAGCGGCUCGGCGUUAACGUGAGCGCUCAGACAGAGCUUCGCGCAGGUUAGGUGCCGGGACCGAAAACUGUGGCAGAUGUACCCAAACUCUCUCAUUCGUCAUUUAGUAUGGUGAGGAAGUCUCUUUUUUUGUGCUUAGUUUGGUUAAGUUUACCUUGGACUCUUGGGCUGGUGUUGGAGUCUCACUUGCAGUGACAUUGACCCAUAACCCCCAACUCUGCUUUGCAGGUUCUGUCUCCCCAGGAGUUGGACUCUAAUUUUAGCUUUUGACCCCUGGAACAGGAAAGGGGUUUUUGAAUUUAGCAGGGGGGGAUACCUGGUGAGAACCAGUCUGGACUGCACCAGCAUUUAUUCAUAUUCACUGGACAACAGGAACAGCGUUUCUGCCCGACCAGAUCUGACACCAUCUGCACUGGAGUCGUGUAUUUAAAGGACCUAUCUGGCCCCUACUGCCCCAGGACCAUGGGCUUUCUUUGGGGCAGAAUUAUGCUGCUGUUGGGGAUGGUUCUUUGCAGGACAGAGGGCAGCGUAGCUCAACAGACCACGACCAAGAACAACGUCCCCCGGCUAAAACUCUUCUAUAAAGACAUGUUGGAGUCGAACAACCUUGUGACAUUUGACGGGCUGGCCAGCAGUUCGUCUUACCACACCUUCAUGUUGGAUGAGGAGAAGGGGAGGCUCAUAGUGGGAGCCAAGGACCACAUCUUCUCCUUCAACCUCCUGAACAUCAGCAAAGACUAUGCACAGAUCCCUUGGCCAGCUUCUCCCACCAGAAGAGAUGAAUGCAAGUGGGCAGGAAAAGAUCUCUCGAGAGAGUGCUCAAAUUUCAUCAAGGUGUUGCAGCCUUUCAACCAGACCCAUCUCUAUGUGUGUGGGACGGGAGCCUUCCACCCCGUGUGUUCCUACCUGGAGGUGGGCAAGAAACCAGAGGACAAUGUGUUCAGAAUGGAGCCUCACAUAGAAAACGGCCGGGGGAAGAGUCCCUAUGAUCCCAAGCUGCUUACGGCCUCUAUGCUAAUUGAUGGCGAAUUGUAUGCUGGAACAUCGGCUGACUUCAUGGGACGGGACUUUGCCAUUUUUCGUACUCUUGGAAAGCAUCACCCAAUCAGGACGGAGCAACACGACUCCCGCUGGCUAAAUGAUCCCAGGUUUGUUGGCAUUCAUCUGAUUUCAGAGAGUGACAACCCAGAAGACGAUAAAAUCUACCUGUUCUUCAGAGAGAAUGCUAUGGAUGGAGAGCAUGCUGGGAAGGCCACGCAUGCUCGUAUCGGGCAGCUCUGCAAAAAUGACUUUGGAGGUCACAGGAGUCUUGUAAAUAAGUGGACCACCUUCUUGAAAGCUCGACUUAUUUGUUCUGUGCCUGGCAGUAACGGAAUAGACACCCACUUUGAUGAACUACAGGAUGUUUUUGUCAUGGGCACAAAGGAUCCCAAGAGCCCAAUCAUCUAUGCAGCGUUUACCACUUCAAGCAACAUCUUCAAAGGUUCGGCUGUGUGUAUGUACAGCAUGACAGACAUCAGGAGAGUGUUUCUGGGUCCUUAUGCUCAUAGAGAUGGACCCAACUAUCAGUGGGUGCCCUUCCAGGGACGUGUUCCCUACCCACGGCCUGGCACAUGCCCAAGCAAGACUUUUGGAGGAUUUGAUACAACCAAGGACCUUCCCGAUGAAGUCGUGACCUUUGCCAGAAGCCACCCAGCCAUGUUCAACCCUGUCUACCCCAUUAACAAUCGUCCAAUCAUAGUCAAAACAGAUGUGGACUACCAGUUCACCCAGAUAGUGGUGGAUAAGGUAGAAGCAGAAGAUGGACAGUACGACGUCAUGUUCAUAGGCACAGACAUGGGGACUAUUCUGAAAGUGGUGUCCGUCCCCAGAGGCUCCUGGCAUGACCUAGAGGAAGUCCUGUUGGAAGAAAUGACUGUCUUUAGAGAGCCAACGGCCAUUACAGCCAUGGAACUGUCAACAAAACAGCAACAACUGUACCUGGGCUCAGACAUCGGUGUUUCCCAGAUGCCUUUGCACCGGUGUGAGGUUUAUGGGAAGGCCUGUGCUGAAUGCUGCCUGGCGAGGGACCCUUACUGUGCAUGGGAUGGCACAGAGUGCUCCAGAUACUUUCCCACGGCCAAGAGGAGAACAAGGAGACAGGAUAUCAGGAAUGGAGACCCACUCACACAGUGCUCGGAUCUGCAACACCAUGAUGAACUCAGCGGGCAGACGACCCUCCUGGAUAAAACUGUGUAUGGCGUGGAGAACAGCAGCACUUUCCUUGAGUGCAGUCCCAAGUCUCAGAGAGCCCUGACGCAUUGGCAAUAUCAGCGUUUCACUGACGAACGCCGACAAGAGAUCAAAUCAGAGGAGCGUUUGAUCCGCACAGACCAGGGCCUGCUGAUUCGCACACUUAGCAAGAAGGAUUCCGGCAUCUAUCUGUGCCAGGCGGUGGAGCACGGCUUCAUGCAGACUCUUUUGAAGGUGACCUUAGAGGUCAUCGACACCGAGCGCCUGGAGGAUUUGCUUCAUCGCGAUGAAGAGGCCGCAGCCGGUGCCCCUGCCCAGGACUUUUCUUCACCUCGAGAAACUCCAAAUCAAAAGCUGUGGUACAGAGACUUCCUGUCCUUGGUGAACCACCCGACUCUGAACACCAUGGACGAGUUCUGCGAGCAGGUUUGGAAGAAGGAGAGGAAGCACAGGAGGCAGAAAUCCCAACUGGUGCAGCAGGGACAAAUACACCAGCAGCAGCAGCAGCAGCAGCAGCAGCAGCAGCAGAAGGUUCCGGUGAACCCUCACACCCACAUGCAUGCUCAAGGGCUGGCAGCCAAGUGGAAACACCUGCAAGAGAGGCAGAAGGGACGCAACCGCAGGACCCAUGAACUGGAGAGGGCGCCCCGCAGUGUCUGACAUAAGAACCCUUUAACUUUUUAACACCUAAACCUGAAACCACACCCAGUUGUCAUUCUGUAACCCUGAUUAACGUACCCAGCUAUCUUCUCCAUAUUAAGACACAGAGUUUUUUCCUCACAGACUGGACAGAAAAGUUAAACUGGAACAAAGGUAAUACUUCCCUGAUGUCCCGGCUGGUGUGUUGUUAUGCGUGGGCAGCCAUAUUUAUGGUUUGCCUUUACAGAGGACUGCAGGACACAGGAUGUUAUAUCACACCACACCGUCGGAGCAUAUUAUCUCAGCUGGCCUCUGUGGCCUGAGCACUGCAGAGGACCAGUGUCAACCAGCACACGGACUGGAUACAUACAGUAUGUCCGCCCUAUAGCCAUGACUGACUCUGUGUCCAGAUGGCGGUGUCGAUGGCAUUGUCGCAUGGCAUGCUGCUUUAGGUGUCUUUGUCAGUGUGAAACUAGAUUGAUACCUAAAAAUACCCGAUAACUGCUUCACAAACAUGAAAGAAGAUGAGAUUGUAUUAACGAAGAGUCUGGAGAAAAAAAUGGACUUGCAUUGGAAUUACAAGCUUUGAAGCCCAUUGAAAGCACAAGGCGGGAUAUUUGAUAAUCAUUGGUAUUAUAGAUGGUUGUAUCAGUCGACGUGAGAGAGAAAAUUGCCCAAGCACUGCAAGAAACGGAGAGCAACAGUCACCAUUUGUCAACAGAUAUUGUUAUGUAGCUGAAAUGUGUAAAUACUGUAUUCUAUGACAUCUCCGCAAACUAAAGGGAAUGGCUCGCAGUUGUCGUGACUCUUUGAUAUUCUUUCCUCAGAUAGAAAUGUAUUUAAGAAAAAGUCUUUUUGAGAGCAGUUGUCUACAGGGAGUUUUUGUACUGGCCUGUGUGUCUACACCCUCGAUAAGUUUCCCGAAGAAGAAGAAGACAGGUUUUAUAAUUCCUUCCAGUGUCAGAAGUCAUUUGCAGAUGUUGACCGUCAUGAUAUAGGGAUGGCUACCAACUGUAUCAAGUCAGUGCACAAAAUGUUGCUUUAAGUAUGAUUUGUAUACACUUUUGUUUACACUUCAUGUGUAUUUAUUGAUAUACAAUAUUGUACAUUGUGAAAAUAUUUUCUUGAUUUGCAGUUUUUUUUUUUUUUUUUCUUGCAAUUUAUCAUUUGAUUUGAUUCAUUUCAUUUACUGGACCAAUCUCUUAAAAUAACUGUAUUAUCACAAUAACUUAAGUAAGACUGGAAGUUAUUUAUCAAUACUGGUCAAUAUUACAUGCAUUACAUAACAAAUUGCACAAAGCAGUAACCCAGUAUACAACAUGUAUUUCUCCCCCACAUUUAUUCCCUCAUAUCCAUAUACAGGCUGUGCAGUUUUGGGAGUAAUAAAUAGUAAAAAUACUUUUUCUGGAUAUAAAAAUCACACAAUGCACACACACACACACACACACACACACACACACACACAAGCACACCUAGAAUGUAGCUGUGAACAUUAUGUAAAUAUAAAUUCUAUGGUCUAUGUAUGACAAGUAUGACACUGUGUACUAGUGCAUGUGAAUACUGUUGUAGUGUUCCUGUUUUGCCAUAGCUAUCUGAUGUCGUCGUCGUUAUUCUGUUGUUUGCUAAUGCGGUACACAAUAUUAACUAUUUCAAAGAUGUAAAUACUAGUUACUGUUAGGCCUCUAUAUAAUUGAUGAUCCCUGAGGUAGGUAUUUCCCGAACGAUGCAAACAAGAUCGCCUGGGAUCUCACUGUGGACUGCAGCGUCCACAGACCAGUUUAAUAACAAUGAACAAGGCCAGUGGAGCAUUGCAACACAUCAGCAUGUCACAUGACUUUGUCUCGUGUGUGUGUGUGUGUGUUUGCGAGCUUCAUCUGCCUUUGGAAUCUGUGACGGGGGGAGAUGAGAAACAGCUGGAGCCAAGAGCUGUGGAACUUUCAGUGGAGAGGGGCAUAAGAUAAGGUCAUCGUUAUUAUCUAACUUGGACACACGGCCGAUUCGAGGAAAUGAGGUGCUGCUGCUGCUGCUGCUGCUGCUGCUUUUAGGCGUGACGAUGGUGAUGAUUAUGAUGGUGAUGUAUUCUACUGAACUAAUAAAUGUCUCUUCAUAAA